AUGGAGAGUUCUCUGGUAGUUUUAGCCUUAGCAUGGCUAGCUGCAUUGGCCUUUAUCUCAAAGAAAAUCCGUGAACGAAAUCCCCCCAAAAGAAUUCCACCUGGUCCAAAACCAUGGCCUGUUGUUGGCAAUUUACACCAACUUGGUACCCUCCCACAUAUAACUCUCCACUUUUUUGCCAAAAAGUACGGUGAAAUUAUGCAGGUCAAAUAUGGUUCCCGCACAGUUGUGGUUGCUUCAUCCCCCAAAAUGGCAGAAGAAUUCCUCAAGACAUAUGAUAGUUUGUUUGCCUCUAGGCCUCCUCUUGCUUCUGGCAAAUACACUGGUUACGAUUUCCAAGACAUGACAUGGGCGCCAUAUGGACCACACUGGCGAAAAGCACGCAGAAUUUACCUGUCUGAGCUAUUUAAUCCCAAUAGGCUUGACUCCUUCGAAUAUAUUCGUGUUGAGGAAAGGCUUACAUUCUUUGCUUCACUUUAUGCCCAGACAGGAAAUCCAAUAAUCCUCAAAAACUAUAUAAGGCGUUAUACUCUUUCCAGCAUAAGCAGGGUGGUAUUAGGCGACAAGUACUUCAGUGACCAUAAAACAGAAGAUUCACUAAUCUCAAUAAGUGAGUUUCAUGGGAUGAUAGAUGAGUGGAUGGUGCUUAACGGUGUACUCAACAUUGGGGACUGGAUACCUUGGCUGCGUUUCUUUGACGUGCAGGGAUAUGUGAAGCGAAUGAAAGUUUUAACAAAGAAGUUCGACAAGUUUCACAAUUAUGUGCUUGCAGAUCACAAGGCCAAGAAGGACUUGGAAGCCAAUAACUUCGUUCCUAAAGACAUGGUAGAUGUGUUGCUGCAGAUGACUGAGGAGGAUACUGAUCCUGAGGUUAAGCUCACCGUGGAAGCUGUCAAGGCGUUAGUCCAUGGCAGGGACAUCAGUAUGCUGGGACAGGAUUUCACCCUGUUGCCAUUUGGCUCGGGCCGAAGAAGGUGCCCUGGCUACAACCUCGGACUUAGGAUUGUUCGAACAACAGUUGCCAACGUGUUCCAUGGUUUCAACUGGAAAUUUCCCGAGGGUGUGAAACCUGAAGAUAUAUGCAUGGUGGAACGCUAUGGUCUGACUACUUGUCCUGAAGUCCCCGUUACCGUGAUCCCGGAACCUCGACUUCCAAUCCACCUUUAUCAGUGA